GUACCUUUGCCUGGAUUUCUACUCUUGGACGUUUGCAAAUGAGGAUUUGACAGCUUGGAAAUAUUCAGGUUUCCUGAGGAGACUGGAUGAAACCUGUGGCAGGAGGUGUGACGGAAGUUGGAUUAAAUCAGGAAGGAUAGGUAUCCAUUGUUGGAACCUUUGGACCAAUGGGUGCUAAAUUCACCAUUUGCUGCUGUCACUACUAUCUGAAACACAACAGAGAAGAGAAGAGCGCCAUUUUGCGCAUGCGCACCACCACAGCUCCCAGGCGACCAGAGCUGUUAUCCAGUGAGUCCAGCGACAGUGACACAGAAGACGAGAGCCUCUUUGGCCCACAGCCUUCGAAAAGGAGCCCGCGGAGCAACAAGCAAGGCCAAAGGAGCACUGCUGAGCCCUGGGCCAGCACAAACACACCCCGUGAUUCUCCCAUCAGGCGAGGAUCGGACAGAGAGCUACAGGCUUUUAUCAGCAUGAGAGACCAGGCUGACACGGCCACAGAGGAAUGGGAGAAGCUGAAUUAUGACAUACACACUUUGCGCUAUGCAAGACGAGAAGUCAGAUCUCGAUGGAAGAAAAUCUUGUUGCAGCUAGGUUAUCAGCGUGAGGUGGAUUCCUUGCUGUGUGUUAACAGACAGAGCCGGUUCAGUCAAGAUCAGGAGCAUAAUAACAGAUCUACUGAACUGUUGAAACAGCUGCUGGACCACACCUCUCUCUUCCCUCCUGGGACAGGACCCCAGACCAGAUACCUCUAUGUUAUGGACUGCCUGGUGUCACUGGACAGUGCUGAGGACUUUGUCAGACUGGCCAAAGAAAAAUAUCCCAAGAAAUAACAGUGACAGAAAGAAAAAGAUAUAAAGGCUGACAGAGAGGGUAACAGAAAAAUUUUGAUAGA